AUGGUGAAGCAAGAAAAAAGUAAUGUUGAUAGACUCAAAUCUGAAACUCAAAAAACAACAAUGUUUAGUGCACCAUUUGUUAAUAUACAGAAUAUUCUGUAUCAUGAUGCUGAGACAUUACAAAAUAUUAAAAAUUCUUGUGAAAAGUCAAAUGAGGAACUCAAUAAGGAUCUCACUAGACUAAAUGAAAAUAGAAUAUGCAAUAGCUCUAGAGGAGUUGUUACAGAACAAUCAUGUAGUUAUGAUCUGAAUAAGUCUUUGAUGACAAGAUACGAGAUACCACUAACGGUCCAUAUUAUUCAAAAAUACGAAGAGGUACUCCGAAUUUCAAACAACAUGAAUGUCAUCACCAAGUAUGCCCAGCAGGACAUUUUUCAAGUCAUGGCUGAAGAAAAAGCAUGGAUGCAAGACAAACAGCGCCGGCAAAUGCUUUCAAAACAGUUAGGUCUCAAUGAAGUACAAAUAAAGAUAUGGUUCCAAAAUAAAAGAGCCAAAGUUAAAAAAGCAAGUGGACAAAAGAAUCCCUUAGCUCUACAACUAAUGGCUGAAGGUCUUUACAAUCAUUCGACAGUGCCCUUGUCAAAAGAGGAAAUGGAACAAGCAGAUGAACUUCAGGCAAAGUAA